AUGACCGUUACUUUCCGCGCAAUCUGUAGCCUCCUGCAAAAUAUCGAGAUUGCCACGACACAGCAAUCACGUUUACCUACAAAUCAAGAGAAGAGUAAUAUACGCGAGAUAAUCUCGAACUGGUUCGUUGAUCAGAGAGAUGCUCUCAAUGACCCUACGACGAAUAGUAGUGCUGUGCUAUCAGCUCUCUUUCCACAUCGAAGGAAAGACCGAGUCUAUGGCCUGCAGCCGCCCUUACUGGCAAAGAAAAUUCUCAAGCUACUCGCCUUCAAUCAUAGUCAACGUGCACUUUUCGAUGGCUGGAAAACAGGAGUUCUUGGAGACCUCGGUGCAUACGUCGAACGAGCAAUGAGGCCAUGGGAUGGCACUUUCAACAGUAAACGUGCGUUGCCAGUCGAACAAAUCGACGAUCUCCUCGUACAACUAGCGGCGAGGUGCCGGUUCUCUGAUGAAGCCAUCCGAAAAAAGUGUCAUUUGGAUGUCAAAGUAGACAUGGAGCUCAAGGACAUACUUGUGAGGCUUGAGUCUUGGGAAGCAAAAUGGUUCGUCCGUCUUAUCUUACGAGAUCACCGCACCGUUGGACUUGAAGAGAAUUUCGUUUUGGAACGCUACCACUUCUUAUUACCGGAGUUGUUGAUGUUCCAAAACGACUUCGACGCCGUUUUCAAAAUGCUCAGGAGCGAAUUGAGCUGCUACCCCCCAGUACCAGAGCCUACAAAGCAGCAGUAUAUGCGUCUUGAGGCGGCACAGAAACUGAGAGCUAUUGUUGGAAUCAAGGUGGGGCGGCCAACGUUCCAUAAAGCUUGGUCUUUGAAGCACUGCAUUCAGUUGGUGGGUCAACGAGCUUGGGCUGCCGAAGUCAAGUACGAUGGCGAGUACUGCGAGAUACACAUAGACCUGGAUCGUGCGCCCAAUCAUAUUCAAAUCUAUUCUAAAAAUGGGAAAGAUGCAACAGCGGACCGAAGACCUCUACAUGCUACCAUUUACGAAGCUCUACGUAUCGGACGACCAGAUUGCAAGUUGAAAAAGAAGUGCAUCGUUCUUGGCGAGAUGGUUCUCUACAGUGACCGAGAAAGAAGAAUCAUGGCUUUUUCGAAGCUCCGAAAGCACAUAUCACGCUCCGGUUGUUUCAUUGGCACACUCCAAGAUUCCCUGCCGCACGAGUGGGAACACCUCAUGAUCGUAUUUUUCGACGUCCUUGUAUUGGAUGACGAAUUGACCCUACGUCACUGUCUGCAAGACCGCCGCAAGAUUCUCCGAGACCUUGUCCAUGUAGUGCCCGGUCGGUCAAUGCGAUCGGAGUGGACCCUAUUGGAUUUCUGCCAGGAUAAGACAGGGGAUGGCAUAACAGACCUUAAACAGAUAUUCGCCCGGAACCUGGCCGAACGCCAAGAAGGACUCAUCCUCAAACCGUUGCAUGCACCGUACUUCCCACUGUUGUCAGAGCAGGGGCACCAUCAAGCAGGUUUCUUCAUCAAAUUGAAGAAGGACUACUUGGCUGACAUGGGUGGUGAGCGCGAUCUGGGCGACUUUGCUGUUAUCGGAGCUGACUUUGAUGCGCAAACCGCGCCAAAAAUUAAUAUCAAACCCUUGCAUUGGACGCACUUUCAUCUUGGGUGUUGUCUGAACAAGGAUGCGGUGGAGCGUACGGGUGCAAAACCAAAGUUCAUGGUCGUAGCGAGCCUCAGUCUCGACAAGUGCAUACCAAAGUCUGACGUCAAGUACAUGAACAUCCAAGGCUAUGUUCGUCAGUCUGUCCUACAAGAUGACGGCUCAACAGCCGAGUUCGACAUUCAAUAUCCCAAAGGUUAUGAAAGACGUAUGACCACCGUGUUCAAGAGACCUUUCGUAGCUGAGGUCCUCGGCGGUGGGUUUGAAAAGCUUCAAAACGAAUGGUUUGAAAUGUUAAGACACCCUAGAGUCAAGAAGAUCCACCCUAACAGAAGUUGGGAAGAUGCUGUUUGUUUAGAGGACCUGGAACGUAUGGCUGAGGAGAAGUGGGAGCUUCCCGAUGCUGACAAGCUUGAUGGCCAUACUCGUGAUAUUGCUCUGUUGGCCAAGAAGUAUAUCAAAGAAAUGGGCGGAUCGCAGACAACAAUGAAGACCGAUGACACCACGCAGCAGACUACUCCUCGCUCCUCACCAGUAUCGCCUGUUCCGGCUAUCACGCGGACCAUUAGCCAAUCGGCAUCCAAUAGAACCGUAGUUCAGGAAACGCAAGAAUACAUCUACACUUCAGUUUCCACUUCCCAUGGUUCUGCUGAUGGUAGUACCCAAGGUAAAGGUACACGAGCCUCUCGUGAACUGCGCGUUCUUGUACGAGAGGACACAUCAGAACGCCUAGGUGCCUCGAAUCUCUCAGCACCAAUAUCAACAGCGUCCAAAUCCGACAGCCUUUCAUUGCACAAGUCCAGUGCGACAUCGACUUUGUCGAACAUAGACAAGCGAUCCAGCUUCAUGUGGGAAAUUAGUCCACCCGAUUCAAAGCGUAGAAAGGCGCUGGCUUCACUACGGUCUCCUGGAGGUAAACGUGACUUAGGUGGGUUUGAUUAUGACUCGCAGGAGGGGACCAUCCACAUCUAUACGAGGAAAGGUGUAAAAGUGCAGGUACAUACUGGAUCUCAGGACAAGGAGCAUAAGAGAUGA